GAAGAAGAAGAAGAAGAAGAAGAAGAAGAAGAAGAAGAAGAAGUGGAGGUGGAAGAAGAAGAGGAGGAGAUUUUCAAUGUGUGCAGGACCGUACGAUGGCCGGGGCCCUGUCUGAGAAUGCCCCAAGGCCUGUGAGCGUCGUUGGCGUCGACGGUAGUACCGUGGAAAACAGCAGCAGCAAUUUUAUCAACGGCAACGGCAACAGUAAUAACAGCAACAACGUUAGGUCGUUCACCUCGACGGAGGCACAAACGGAGGUGGCGCUUCAGAAUGGGCCCGAGGUCCUCGAGGAGCUCGCAAGCGAGUCACGUGGCGCCCGUCGCCGGGAGAGGCGAAUGCGGAGACAGCAUCGUAGGGCCCUGAGGAGUUGUUCUCUCCCACCGACUUAUCCUGGAGCCGCAAAUGCGGCCGUAGCGGUCGGUGCAUGCCCAGCGUCCGCGACCGCACCCGGAGUGCCUUUGGUGCCACCUACUAGGGGUUUCCUUCACCCUCCGCCACCUCAUCUCGGACUCAGGGGACUCAGUUUGGGUUUACCCUUUCCUGUACCUACCAGCGUCUCGGCAUUUGGCAGGGACGCAGUACCGAAGCAAUGUUGCGGCUUAGGUUCCCCGCCUGUACGUUGGUCCAUACUCGGUGUGGGAGUGGUGGGCCUUGUUUGUGCCGGUGCUGGUGCACUUUUGGGUGCACUCAGAGCUUCGGGACGAGAUCAUAUUGCUGUGGCCCUUCUCAUGAUCGGAAUAGGAGUGGUCCUGGUGAGUGUUAGCGCAGUGGCGUGGCGAGUGACCAGCCGAGAAAAUUGCGGUAGCUUCUUCGGUUUCACGGGGAUCACCGGUCGGAUUCCACCAGCGAGGCCGAUACACCCAUACGCUGCCAUGAUUUAUCCGGAAUUCCAAUUUAGAACACCACCACCAAGUUACCAGGCGAGCAUGCAGGAGUAUAGGUUACGGUUGUUGUUGUUAGACCGGCUGCAACCAACUUCGUCUCCGCCACCCACCUACAGGUCGAAUGCAAGUAGUAUCGUUGCUGGUGGUGGUGCUGUUGGUGUUGGAAUUGGUGGUGGUGGUGGUGGUACUGUACGAGAAAGCAGACCACCGAGUUAUUGCGCUAGAGGAAAUCCAACACCAAACGUUAAUCUGGUGCCCUCGAAAAAGGAUGCGAAUCUCGUCAGGAUCGUACAAACCGAAGCCGAUCCCGUAAUCCUUAGUGGCGAUCAAACGCCACCGGUACCUGCUGUUGAGGUCCUUGCGCAUCUUUAGCCCCCUUUUUACAAAUUUUUUUUCCUUAAUUUUUUUUUUUUUAAAUAAAAUUACUCGAAAGCGAUCUACUUCACCGUUGUUAUAUUUGUGAAGAUUUGUUUCGAUUAUACUGUUAAAUUGUCGGUGGCAUUUCAUAAAUCAUUAAGUAUACUGAAUGAACUAAAAUAUUAUUUGAUGUGUGUCAAACCGAUUCAUUCUGUUUAAGUUGUAUGGGUCCAUAAACAUCCCACGUUUUAACACGAUUUUACUUCUGACGUAUAUCUCUUAGAAUAUUUAUAAUAAUCGACAAAAAUUAUAUUUAUAUUAAUAUAAAAGUAUAAAGUGUUUAAAAUGUAAUUUAUAACAUUACUAUAAGUUUCUUUUAUAUAUCAUUUAAAUUUCAAUUGGUUUGAACGAAAAGUUGUGCGUGGGACGUACACGAUCCACGUGAUAUACACGGAAUAUGUUAAUUGUCGUUUAUAAAGAUUCGACAUUUUGAUCGAAUAAUAUAAAAAUAACGGUGCACCGAUAAUAAUAGUAUAAUCAUGGCCUAAUAAAGCGAUUUAUUGCGUUAAGCGAAUCCGAUUCUAAGCCAUAAUAAUGUCGACGUUUAUAUUGUUAGCUUUGUAAGAUUAUUUUGUAUUUAAAUUUUUAUUUUCACGUGUAAGAGAAAUUUCUUUUUUAUAUUUUACCCCGACAUACAGUAUUCGUUCGCGAGUAUAUAAGAAGAAGGAUGCGUCUUCUUCCCCAAAAAUAUAUCUAUAUAUAUAUAUAUAUAUAUAUAUUUUAAUUAAUAAUAAUCGUCUUGUGUUGUUCCGCAAUGCCGAAAUGCAUUGAAACGUGUAUCGAAUCUAACAAGAGUUUAUACUCUUGAUGUUAAUAAUAAACACCCUCGAUUUUUACUAGCUAUAGUUAUAAUAUAUUGCGCCAUGAUGAAUUAGGUCGUAAACGUUGACCUAUGACGAUGAUAGAGAAUUGUAUAUUUUGAAUACAUUAUUAUACGUAUAAUUAUAUACACACUACCGACUAAAAAUUUAGGUACACUUACUAUAACAUUUGCAUUAUACAUUUAAGUACAAAACCAUGACGUCUCCAUUUUGUUAACCAUCAUUUAUAUCAAAUUUUAUUCAACUUUCUCACUCGAUGAAUCUUUUAGUUUGAAACAAAUAUUUUUAAGUUCCUUAAGUAUAAAGGAAUAUAAAUUAGGAAUAUGGAAUUAAAACAUUUGUCAAUAAUUAUAUUGUAAAGGAAAUGUUAUUCUUCGAUAUAUGUACGAAUAUAUUUUUAUUAUGUAUUAACAAUUAAGUUAAAUAUUCGUAUGCGUAACCCUGACUACCCCAUAAUACGGGGUUCACAGUUUACACGUUGGGAGAAUUUUUAUAUAAUUUUGUUAUUAUUAAAAUUGAUCAGAUUUUUCAAAUAAGCUUUGUCAGCAAGAGAGAAACAGUAUUGUUUAUAAGAUAUCAUAUUACAAUACUUUAGACACUUUAAGUUUCGUUUAUAUUUUUUGAUUUAUUCUUCUACGAAUUGAGAGGUGGUGAUGUCAUAGAUUGUUUACCUCUGUUACGGUUGGAAAUAAAUUGACUAGGUAAGAAACAAAAAAUGUUAGUUGACGUUGACCUAAGCUUUUGGUUGGUAGUGUGUAUAAUACGUAGAAGACUUAGGAUUCGUUUUAAUCACGUAAGUUUUUCUAACCAGUAAAAUUCUAUUAUUAUUCCGACGUUAUUUUUUUCCUUCUUUCUUUUUAAAUGUCAUUUUUAAUAUGUUUGAUAAAAGUAUCACGAAUACCAGCACAUUACGUUUUAAUGAAUAUUACUUUUAAUUAAAGUUAUAUUAAAUAUAUACGCGCCCGGAAAGUAUCUUUUAUAGGAAAAUUGGUUUUAAUUAAAUCGCAUGUUUAAUAAUAUAGAGUAGCAUUUCAUUAAAAAAAAUAUAUAUAUAUAAAAGGAAUAUAUCGAAUUAUCUCGUAAUAGAAUUUUACUUGGGAAACACGUGAACGAUAUUUGAUGUGAUGAUGAUAGUCCAGUGUUGUUUAUAGAGAUAUACAGAGUGUUUCAAAAGUUGCUUAUAUCGAAAAAAGUCAAACCAAAAAAAAAUUCAUUUAUUUUUAUUUAUUAAUACAAUUACUGUACUUUGUUUUUUAUU